AUGGGUGAUAGGGUCAGUCUGCUAGGGACUGAUAAACUCAGUGCACAGCGGCAGUCCGUCCGACAACGCUGAAUGCAAUCACUCAGAAUGAGCCAGGCAUCGCUGGGUCUGAGUGUUGGACCUAAUCUGUCUCCAUAGCAACUGUCCAGGUACGUCUGACUGUGACUGCAGUCGGUCAGCCAGCUGGGAGAGUUGAAGGGAGACAGCGUCAGCGUGGUAACACAGUGCCGUUACAGAGGGAGAGCCCUGAUGAGUUAUCUUGGUGAUUAUCACAUAAAGAUAAUGGUGUUAAUUGCCUCUCACAGGGCAUGUAUAUGGAGAUUGGCAGAGCUGUGAGAACACCACUGAGCUGCCAGAGAGAAGAGCCACCAGGGCUGAGAGUGGCAGGACAGGACAAUACUGUAAGAUGGAGGGGAAAGUAACCUCUCUGUCUCCUCCUGUUCUUGGAAGUUGUGGAAUUUCUACAGAUGGAUUGUGUAUCAGGUAUGGGCUGAAGGUAAUGGUGGAUUGGACAGUACCAUCUGCCCCAACAUCAGUCAUUUUAGGUGUAUUAUGGUUUGAAUUUUGGAAUUAUAAAAAAAAUACAUUAUUUUCUAGCUCAUCUUGUUCUGUCAAUGGUUAAGAAAUCCACUCACCUUUAGGCUACAACCUGUCUCUUUUCAUCCUAGGAAGGUUACUUUUUGUAGAUUGACAAUACAGACAGAUCUAUGUCUGCUGGUGAAGUUUAAACACAAUAAUUAACAUGAAAACCUUUUCCAGCCUGAAGCUGCAUCUGAAGCUGAAAUGCAUGAAAUAUUGAACAAUUAAUAUUUCAGAAUUACCCAGAAAUGUCUGUUGUGCUGAGUGAUGAGAUUGCUUAAUUAGCAGGUCCCAUUCAGAUUCUCUGACCAUCUAUUUGAAACCCAUGUCUCCUGAUCCUAUCAUCCUAACACCAGCGCUCUUCUUCUGUGGUGGCAGAAUGGUGGGUGUGCGGUCCUCGACAUAUCGUCCCUAUUAUAGAUGUGAAUGUUCCUCACAGCCCUGUGAUAUACAGCUCCAUUUGCUAGCGAUGUCUGAUGUUUCAGGGGGAACAUGUCUUAUUAAAGCAAUAAAAAUGACUCCAAUAAUGUUUAAUGAGCUCCCCAACUGGAGAAAAAAAGGCAAUUUGGCUUUUUAAAGAUAUAUUACCUUAUCUGUCUUUGUCUGUCGGAUAAAGCCGCAUUUUGAAGUCUCUAAUGUUCUCUUUUUUGUGCCUUUGAAAAUAUUAAAAUGAACGUAAGUAUUGAUUGGAACUAGAGGCUGCAAAAGAGAGACACUCUAUCAUCUUCUCUGCAGGAAGUGGGAGGAUAAACUUUUUAAUGACGUACAGUAAGUUUUUCCGAUAAGAAGAAAAUACGUUUCAUGUAUUGUACAGCUCUUAGCUACAGUAAAUCUAAAAAAAGAUUUGCAUGAAGCCAAUAUAGGUUGAAAUCUUGUUAAAAAAAAAAAAAAAAAAAAAAAUCUGGUGUCAUAAAGGUGUGUCUGUUGACCUUGUUGGUCUCGUUUUACUGAUAACUGUCAUCAGUGAUAUGUUUGUACCAAGUUAAUGUGCUUACAAAACCCCAUGUCUCCUCAAAUAUAGUUCAUGUUUGGAAUGCCAGUGCCAGUGGAUUUGUAACAAUAGAUUUUACCUGAGGAUUAUUUGGUUGAAUCUCAAGUAUUAUAGGAUUACAAGGGAUUAUGUGUUGAACUAGAUUAUGAGUUCAAAUGUUAAAACUGAUACGGUACUUGACCUGAGACACUCUGAUUGGGAUCUGUAAUCAAAAUAAGCGAAGCAUGUUGUGAUGCGUCAUUUUUCUUUACAUAACAUUGUUUAUUUUUAGUUGCCAGACAACUACUGAAGGCCAUUCUUCCUGUGGAGUUAUUUACAACAUGGACCUCUGUCUAUACUGUCCCUAUGCACAACAUGGUCUGACGGGAACAUUUAUCAACACAAUAAAUUGAGGCUUGCAAAUACACCCUUCAGAACCCGUUAUGAACUAUGGCAAAAUGUAACUGAAUUCACUUAAAUCUGAGCGUCCAUCAGUUUCUGACCAGUUUUUUUUUCUACGUUAUCUUGCAGCUUGGUGAGGAAACCUUCAACAGAGCCAAGCUCCUGAACGUGGGCUACACUGAGGCCCUGAAGGAUGCAGAGUAUGACUGCUUCAUCUUCAGCGAUGUGGACCUCAUCCCUAUGGACGACCGUAACCUCUACCACUGUUACGACCAACCACGACACUUUGCCAUCGCUAUGGACAAGUUUGGCUUCAGGUAGAUCAAUUGUAUUAUGUACUCUCACUCUCAUGUACAGUGCCUUCGGAAAGUAUUCAGACCCCUUGACUUUUUCCACAUUUUGUUAUGUUACAGCUGUAUUCAAAAAUUUAUUUUUCAUCAUCAAUUAAUGACAAAGCAAAAACUGGUUAUUAGACAUUUUUGCAAAUGUAUUACAAAUAAAAAACGGAAAUAUCACAUUUACAUAAGUAUUCAGACCCUUUACUCAGUACUUUGUUGAAGCACCUUUGCCAGCGAUUACAGCAUCGAGUCUUCUUGGGUAUGACGCUACAAGCUUGGCACACCUGUACUUGGGGAGUUUCUCCCAUUCUUCUCUGCAGGUCUGCUCUGUCAGGUUUUACUGAGAAGUGGCUUCCAUCUGGCGACUCUACCAUAAAGGCCUGAUUGGUGGAGUGCUGCAGAGAUGGUUGUCCUUCUGGAAGGUUCUCCCAUCUCCACAGAGGAACUCUGGAGCUCUGUCAGAGUGACCAUCGGGUUCUUGGUCACCUCCCUGACCAAGGCCCUUCUCCCCCGAUUGCUCAGUUUGGAACCACCAACUUUCAAAUUUCUUGAAAUUUUGUGUAUUGACUGACCUUCAUGUCUUAAAGCAAUGAUGGACUGUCGUUUCUCUUUGCUUAUUUGAGCUGUUCUUGCCAUAAUAUGGACUUGGUCUUUUACCAAAUAGGGCUAUCUUCUGUAUACCCCCCAUACAUUGUCACAACACAACUGAUUGGCUCAAACGCAUUAAUAAGGAAAGAAAUUCCACAAAUUAAUUUUUAAGAAGGCACACCUGUUAAUUGAAAUGCAUUCCAGGUGAUUACCUCAUGAAGUUGGUUGAGAGAAUGCCAAGAGUGUGCAAAGUUGUUAUCAAGGCAAAGGGUGGCUACUUUGAAGAAUCUCAAUGAUAAAAUAUAUUGGUUACUACAUGUGUUAUUUCAUAGUUUUGAUGUUGUCACUAUUAUUCUACAAUGUAGAAAAUAGUUUAAAAAAAGAAAAACCCUGGAAUGAGUAGGUGUGUCCAAACUUGGGACAGGUACUAUAUAUAUAUAAUUUUUAAAUGCCAGGAUCUGGAGUGAAAGUCAAAUCUGACAACUGCCUCAAUGCUUUGACAGUUAUUUUCCUCUUGCAGGCUUCCUUACGCGGGGUACUUUGGCGGGGUUUCUGGGCUGAGCAAAAAACAGUUUCUCAAGAUCAAUGGCUUCCCCAACGAGUACUGGGGCUGGGGAGGAGAGGAUGACGAUAUCUAUAACAGGUAA